GGACGGCUCCAACGACACCCUCGACUGCCAGGGAAGCACAGAGGCGAGGCGCCCCUGGCUGCCGAGCCUGGCAGCCUUGCUGGCGCGACCGCGGCGCGCCGCCAACUACCACGGCUGCGACAGGAGCGCAGAGGUGGCGGACCUGCCCAACGGCUCCGACGACGCCCUCGGGCAUCAGCGCGCCGAGAAGGCGGCGGGAUUUGCCCCCCGAAAAGGGGCCGACCCGACCGGCGGCUCCAACGACACCUUCAACCUCCAGAACACCGCGGAGGCGGCGGUGGGGGCCCGCCUUGCAUGGGCCAACCUGCGAGACGGCUUCGACAAG